AACACUCCCCCUGCCAAGAACAAAAACCAUCACAGAUCAAUUGGUUUGUUUGUGUGCCAGCGCUGCAUGGUAUUUCUUCCGGAAUGUUAUCUCCCUUUUAAUGCUUGGGAAGUUAAUAGCAAAUUUUUCCAUUUUGAGAAGUAUGACAUUAUUGAUCUCCCUCUGCUUGAGUGUGGUCUAACUUCAAUUCCUUCCUAGAACAGCUUCACAUCCUUUAUAGCAGUUUUACGUGAUGCCUAUUUACAUGUGCCUUCUUAACAAAGGCCAAAGGGUAGUGAUGUUACUGAGUUUGGUUCCAGGACCAACAAUUUGAUCUAGACCUCCCAGGCGAUCUGCAUCCCUUCUCUGCCUCUCGUACUUAUGCAAAACAUUUUGUAUAAACCUAUGUUCAAAAGAAGUUCAGGUAUUGUACGGGUUGUGUGUCCUAUAACAUCUCUUGUAGCAUUCUUAAUUAAGGCUUGCAUAGGACUAGCCUCAUUUAUUUUGCUUAAACACUAGUUCUUCUAGACUUUUUCAACUUUCCAAGUGAAAAUUAAAAUUUUCUGAACUAAAUCUUAUACGGUUCAAAGGGUGAUUUUGUAGUGAUAAAGUUCCAAAGAACUAGGAAUAACCAGUCGACUUGAAAAUUGAAAUGCUUCAAAGUUUUACCUAGACUUAUUGGAAAUAGACAAUGUUCCUGUUGGUGAAUCUUGAACUAUGAAAAAAAAUCCAGCCAAAAAACUUCUAUCAGGGAAUUUUUUUAAUAAUGUCGGUUAAUGUUAUAGGUUAGACUAUUUCUUGAGAGUGCCCAAAGGCUAUCACUAGAGUGGGGUGAUAUACCAGUUGUGCUUGCUGGAGAUCUUAAUAGUAUGCCCCAGAGUGCAAUGUAUCAGUUUUUGACUUCAAGUAAGUUGGACAUCCAAAUGCAUGAACGGAAGCAAAUUUCUGGCCAAAUCUAUCCAUCGCAAAAUAGAAGCUUCAAGUCAAGCUUAAUUUAUAGAUGGAGUGAUGAGGAGCUAAGGCUUGCUACCGGGACAGGAGCUAGUCACCUGAUACAUCAAUUACAGCUGAGCAGUGCCUAUGCUGGAGUUCCUGGAAGCUCUGGAACCAGGGACAACUCUGGAGAACCCUUGGUGACAUCAUAUCACUCCAAGUUUAUGGGGACUGUUGACUAUAUAUGGCACACAACAGAGUUUGUUCCAGUAAGAGUUCUUGAUACCUUACCUAUUGAUAUUUUAAGGAGAACAAGAGGGCUUCCUAGUAAGAAAUGGGGAAGUGAUCAUCUUGCUCUAGUGUGUGAAUUGGCUUUUACUGAUGGAGGCAGUGAGACUUGACCAUUCCUUCCCGUCCAACUUCUUCUUCGUAGUAGCUUGAAAUACCAUGUGGCAGGGCGACCUUGCAUGAUGUUAUACUGCACUGGUGCUUGACUUUGAAAAGCAGCUUCAUGCAUUCAUUCAGCAUAAGGAAUCUGUAACGAUAAGCUUUUCAGAUGCGGUGCAUAUAAGAUCCUGGUGCAAACAGAAGGAACAUAAGUACAAGGAGGAACAUGGGAAGUUGGAUGAAAGGAUUUGCGAGGAGUGGAGACCUCUUAACCUAGUGCACAAUCUUGUGAUUCAUCUAAUCGUGGAUUUUGAACGGAUUUUGUUUCAUAUGGCAAGGUUUAUGAAUGAGGGAAUCAGCUUUUGUUCAGUACAUAAUUGAUAGGAAAGAAAAUCAUGACUUGUGGUUCAAAGAACUUUUUAUAUGCUGUCUCUGUUCUGAUGAUCAGGAAAUACAAAUGAUUGUCCCUUAAGGUUCUGCUCUGAAUACACGUCUCGAUGUCCCUUAUGUGGUGGCGCAGGGUUGCAAGAGCAUUGAUCACCGAUCCCAUGGUCAGUAAGAUAAUGCUGCGAUAUGCAUCAGGGUCAUAAAAUAAUCUUCCAUUAAAUAACUGUAUCGUGGUGUUUUGUCCCGGUAAAUAGUUCGGCACGGGCCACGGAAUGUUGAUUUGUUGACAAUAGCAGCAGUGAAAGAAAAAAUUUCCAGAGUGUGGAUGGCUGGUGGGAGUUGUUGUUGAUAGUAUGCGCAGACCACUCAAAAUGUCGUCAAAGGACUGUCAGGUGAAACAAACUACAACUUCGUAUUUGAUGCCAGGCCAUGAGAAAAGUGUUGGUGAUCAAUUCCCUAAGAUAACGAGCAACAAGAACAGUGGGAAGCUGUUCUCUUGGGAAGUAACGGAUACUGGUUAGUCAAAGCAUUUGAGACUCCGAGUUUUCAUAUUAGUGUUAAUUAACGUGUUUCCUAUGUGAUUAUAGUGAUGACAGUGCAGCUUUGCCUGAAACAAACGGUUUUGCAUCCCGACAAAGAAUGGAUUAUUCAUUGUAACCAGUGAAUAAGUACAUGCAACCUUAAAAAGAGAGAUUUGAACGUUUAUGUUGCGUUCAAAUAUCAAGUCAACUGCCAGUUUAAAAGAGCUGGAACAUUUGAAACGUGUAAACCAACUGAAAUCUAAAAAGCUGCGAAUUUUGAA